ACUUCAGUUCCCAUCGUGCACCACGGUGCAAACCCAGCCUGUCCUCGCUCUGCCUCACACUUAAUAUAAUGCCUGUGCAAUAGCGAACUACUUCUACUUGAAUUUCGAUUCGGAGUGCAACCUGAUCAAUCCACCAAAUCUGUCUUUACUGAAAUUAAAGACGGAAUAAAAGGACAUUGCCUUGAUUCACUCGGAUGUAAGGACUGGCGCAAUAAACGGCUCAACGUUCAUAAACUAACCGGAGGUAAUCCAAGCCGGAAAAUUCAAACCGGGGUUGGAGUAUCGGCGUUUCCAUAAAGAUGUCAUCGGAAGAGUUUGAGAGGAUGCACGAAAUGUACACAUGCUUGUACGAGGAGCUCAAAUCACUGCCGGAGCGCACGUCGCGCUGUCACGGAGAGGAAAGGAAGAGGCUGAUCCGGGAGUUUGAUGAGAAAGCAGAUGAAGCGGUGGAGAUGAUUGACGGCAUGGAGCAGGAGCUACGGACGGCCCCUUCUUCCUUUCGCAACCCCAUGAUGUCUAAAAUGCGCAUGUACCGGAGAGACGUGGGCAAACUGCAGCGGGACAUCAGGAGCGUGGAGGUCAGCACUGGAGCACGAGGCGAGAUCAAGCAUGGCGUUUACACUGUGGAGAACGAGCAGAGAACAGAGUUACAGUCGCAGAGAGCCUUACUCCUCCAAGGCACAGACUCCCUAAACAGGGCCACAGAGAGUAUUGAACGCUCACACAGAAUAGCAGCCGAAACUGACCAGGUCGGAACGGACAUCAUUGAGGAGCUGGGAGAACAGAAAGAACAGCUGUACCGUACGAAAGACCGGCUGGUCAACACUGGUGAAAAUCUCAGCAGAAGUCGUAAGAUUCUCCGAUCGAUGUCCAGAAGGAUUAUGACAAACAAGUUGUUGUUGUCUUUCAUCAUCAUCAUGGAGCUGGGCAUCCUUGGAGCAGUUGUUUACCUCAAGUUCUUCCGGAAUCACAAGUAGGAGAAACGGUUUUGAAGUUAGAUCUGUUACUCCUUUCCGUGAACUGAAACCCAGGGUCUGAUUGAUCAGAACUCCGGAUGAAGGCCAUUCCAGUGAGAAGCAUUUGGCUUCUAGUUGACAAUAUAGAGUUGAAGGAUCUUAGGAGCCACAAGCCCUUGCAUCUUAUGGUAUGCCUCAGAAUCAACGGGGGGCUUGAUCGAGGGACUAGCAGUAAUAAGUAAUGAAUGACCUGCACUUCUGACUUUGUCAAGUCUCUUACCUUGGGUGUACCUUUGAACUCUUUCUUAAAUCCUGUGCAAGUAACACACUGUUAUUUUUUUAUUUGAUAGACUUUGUGUAAUUGAGGCCAUAAAAAAUGGAAUCCAACAAAAAGUACAAACAUUGAUUAAAAUGACAUAAGUA